CUUAGGGAGGUCUUCUCUGCAGGAGAUAUCCAAGAAGUUGUUGUAGCAAAUAAAUUCAAGAUGAGUAAACUCUUUGCCCAUUUGCGAAUUGGACUUGGAGAGUCAUUCACAUUUAUUUUUCUCUUGUUCUUAUUCAUGACGAGUCUUGCAACUUAUUGGGAGAUGGUUGGACAACAACCUUUGGCUGAGUACUUAUGAUGAUUGGGUUCAAUGGUUGAAUAGUAGGAUCAAAAAAAGUUUAGUGGCUGAUGUUUUCUAUCCAACUAUGGCUGGAGCAACCUAUAGCAUUUAGUUGAACCGAAACUUAUGUGUGUUUGAACAUAAAUGUAUAGCUCCAUAUUGUAUAAAUAACAUAGUUAAGGAGAGUAUCAAAGUAAGGGUAUGUUUUUUUCAUGAGGGGAAGUUGUCUAAGAGGGACAAAUUGAAUUUAAAGUUUGUAAAGAACAUGUAAUUAAUGAAGAUUAGAUUAAAAAAAAAAAGAGAGAAAAAACCUCAACUAUUCACUAAACCCUGUGAGGGUUUUUAAUAACUGAACUUUUCUUCUCCUCUCACGACCUGAAGUCUCUCUUACUUGGUUCUUGAGUUCUCAAAUCUUCUUGCCUUACGCGAAAAUGGCUACAAGGUUCCUAAUUUCAAGAGUAUCAUCAGCCAGAAACCUCUUCCAGCUUAUUCCCUACAAUUCUUCCAUGGUUUCCCAAUCCCUCACAAAGCUUUGUCAAUCCUUUUCCUCUAGUUUUUCGAAACUUGGUCCCUCAUAUUCCAGACCCAUGACCUCAUUGUCCCUCGACCACCGUGUUCCCGCCACUAUCAUUACCGGUUUUCUCGGUUCUGGAAAGAAUGUUUUGCUCAAUCAUAUUCUUACGUCCCAGCAUGGUAAGCGAAUUGCUGUCAUUGAAAAUGAGUUUGGGGAGGUUGAUAUUGACGGAUCUUUGGUUGCUAGUCAUUCUUCUGCAAAUGAAGAAAUUGUAAUGGUUAACAACGGUUGUCUUUGUUGUACUGUACGGGGAGAUUUAGUUAAGCUUCUGUUAGAGUUGGUUAAGAACAAACGAGACAAAUUCGAUCACAUUGUCAUUGAAACAACAGGACUUGCUAAACCUGGUCCUGUUAUAGAAACUUUUUGUACCGACGAAUUAGUCUCACAGCAUGUGAAACUUGAUGGGGUUGUUACUUUGGUUGAUUCCAAGCACGCAAUGCAACACCUUAAUGAAAUAAAACCAAGAUUUGUGGUUAAUGAGGCUGUAGAACAAAUUGCUUAUGCUGAUCGUAUUAUUUUGAACAAGAUAGAUUUAGUGACUGAGGCUGAGCUGGAGACAUUGACCAAGAGAAUUAAGCAUAUUAAUGGGAUGGCACAAAUGGAGCUAGCUAAGUUUGGAUCUGUUGACAUGGACUUCGUUCUUGGAGUGGGAGGUUAUGAUCUUGAUAGGAUUGAUUCUGAAGUUCAGGUAGAUAAGUCCUGUUCUACAACUCAUCAACAUGAAACUGGGAAAGAAUGCAACAAUCAUCAUCAUCAUCAUCAUCACAAUCACGUUCACGAUUCUGCUGUCACUAGUGUUGCUAUUGUUUCCGAAGGAACCCUCGAUAUUGACGAGGUUGAUGAUUGGCUUGAAAGACUGAUUGAAGAAAAAGGAGAGGACUUAUAUAGAAUGAAAGGUGUCUUGUCUAUAAAAGAAUCCGAUCAACGUUAUGUUUUUCAGGGGGUUCAUUCCAUACUAGAUGGGUGUCCAGGCAGCACAUGGGAAGAUGAUGAGGAAAGGAUAAACAAGCUUGUGUUUAUCGGAAGAAAUUUGGAUGAAACCGCUUUAAGAAGGGGUUUCAAAGGUUGUCUACUAUGAUAUGACCAGGCAUGUAUCUAAUGAUUAUGUCAUUUAUCUAUACAUUGAAUUUUUGGCAUUUCAGCUGUUGACUUCAACAGACAACAAUUAAAAAUGAUCAAUAGAUUAGAAAUCUGUGUGAAGUAAUACAAGUAUUUUUGCGAAAACAAUCUCUCAAGAAAACUCAUUGAACUUGUGAGUCAAUAAAAAGUAAAUGUUAUCCAUAAACAUAUCCUUCAUUAAUAUCAA